AUGACCGAAGCUACAAUAUCCACUAUCACCAAACAUUUACUUGGAAAUGGAAACUCAGGAUUCAAAGUUACUUAUGAAGUUAUGGGUUCCUCAUAUAUCUCGUUCCAAUUGAUCAAUACAAUGAAACCGGAUGAUAACUUAACGAAUAUGUUCAAUUCAAAACAUGAAAACCUGAUAGUAAUUGAUUCAAUAAAGUCUGGAGUCGGUAGGAAACCACAAACUGAUUUUUAUGAAAUUGUUAUCAAGCCUGUAUUAAAUUAUUUAAACAUGACUCAUAAAUACUUCAAGACUAAAUGGGCUCAUUCAAUCGCAACUUUUGCACAACAAUUAGAUGUUACCCAAAAUUAUACAAUCGUAUUUCUUUCAGGAGAUACAAGUAUCUCUGAAUUAAUCAAUAAUUUACCUAGUGUAAUUACCACCAUCGAGGAAAGAAAAACUAUAAAAAUUAUACCGAUAGCAAUGGGUUCAGCUAAUGCAUUGGCUAACUCAAUUGGAUUUGGUAAUCCAGUUGAGACAUUUGACAGUUUUUUACGUGGGAUGAAACAUACAGCCCCAUUUCCAUUAUAUAGGGUGAUUUUCCCUAAUGAGAAACAAAUUAUAUUUUUCAUUAUUUUUUCAAUGGGAUUCCAUGCUAAUCUAUUGCAUCUUUGUACCCUGGAUCCCAAAUAUUCAUGCUUAGGUGUUGAAAGAUUUCAAUUGGCAAGUACGGAAAUCUUAGAUAAUUAUAAUUUAAACCUUACAUUGGAGAUCAAAUUAACUUCAAAAACCAUUGUUUCUCAGUUCGCCUAUUUUGCUCUUAUUAAUACCCCUAGAUUAGAAGAGAAAUACAUUCCUUCUCCCCAAUCUGACCCUUUUAUGAGUCAAUUACAUAUAUUGGGUUACUCUUCUGAAUUAUCUUCCAAGGAACUGAAAGAUUCUAUAUUAAAAGGUUACACAUUAAUGCAAGGUGAUAAUGUUUCAGGUCAGGGUAUCGUUUACGAACCAGUCACAGAUGACUUUGAUAUUAUUAUCAAAGCUGAAGUACAAAGGGAUCCCAAAUAUAUGUUGGACAUAUGUUGUGACGGGAUUCUGGAUAAUUUAAAUGACAUGUCAUCUGAAGUACUAAAAGUCAUCAAAAUAAAAUUCUUAAAACCUAAUGACCUAUCAUUCAAUUUAGAAAUUAUGAAACCAGAGAACUAA